AUAGCGUAGUCGCGGUCCGAUGGACGAGCCGCGUGGAGGGACGAGAGAGGGUGCGGAGUCCGCGUGUCGUUGACAGCAGCGGCGGCUAGCAAGCCUCGCUUAAGCGUCGCUCGACAGUCGAAGCCGGUCUCUCGGCGUGCGAGUAUCGAGAGUAUCGCGAAAGGGUUCGUUCGAGUUCCGUUCUCAUCCGGCGACGCGAGCUUGUCACCUGUCAACCUUUGCCCGUCGCGAAAGAAAGUUCGAAGUCAACCGAGACCUAACCUCUGCGUUUAAAUCGAGUUUUCCUUAUCGUGUGUGUCGCGCUAACGAACCAUCGAGUUCUCGAUCCCUCGUUGUGCGUUCGUUCGUGUCGUGCCUGUUCGCCAACCACGUUUCCGCUCGCGUGUGUCCAGUGUGCAGAAGUGUAUGGAUUCCACGGCGGAAGCAACGCUGUCGAGAUUGCGAGGACGUUCCUUCUGGCCGGUUAACUCUUAGAGUCAGCGAGGCGUGAGUGUCUACGCGAGUAACAGUUUUCCGGCUCGAUUCCUAAAACUUUCACGGUUAUUCGCCCGACAACUUCGUGAGAGAUUGUCUUCUCGUAUAUAGGGAACGAGAGCUGAUGAAUAGCGAACGGAAGUCGAUCGUCUCGUCGGAUCGGAAGCUGUGAACCUAGAACGUUCUCACGAUUCACCAAAGUGAAACCAUGCGGUGAUACCCGAGGAAGCCCAUCUCACCACCCGUACAUAUCAAUUCAUAUCUCUGCCCGAUAAACAUCGCCAAACAUCAAUCGACCAAUCAAACGAAGCAUAUCGAAACGCAAUGAAGACCCAACGAUGAUCGAAUCGCGGCCAAGGCAUAUCAGGCGUCGAUCAAGCGUGAUCGGCCAGACUGUUGAACCCAUCCUAUCCUAACCCAGAGACCUGUCCAUAAACCUUGCACCUCACGGCCGACGACCAAUUGAAUCAACCUUGGUCCGCCUCUCCUCCAUAUCCACCGCGUCCAAUCAGAAAUCAACCGAGAGAAGCAAAUAGAAGGAAGGAUGUUGCUGAGGUAACGCGACCUCUCGAGCCGGGGUUAAGAAUCGAUCGUUAAAUCGAACCGUGCUCGAACAACGAAGGGUGGAUAUCAGGUGGCGGAUCGCAUAGCGGGAUCCAGAGUGAAGCAUGGGUUUCCCCAGGAGGAGAUCCCUGUGGUUGAAGGUGGCCAUCCUGGCCACCGCGGUUUGGGCGACCGUGUGCUUCCUCUUGUACACGGAGGACCGUGCCAACGCGGCUGUUCAAGGGCUGGCGCCGUCAGGCGUCGCGGCGCCCCAAAUGGCCAACGGUUUCGUGCCCGCAGCCGCGCCUCUUAGAAAAGAGACGCCGUUCAACGCGCAACCAAAGCCAAAGGUGAUUCAAGCUGGACCCGAGCAAGGUGCUGGUGUGCUUGUUGCUCCUCGCGAAGCAGAUGCAAGCGCACCUGGCGAGAUGGGAAGGCCAGUAAUUUUGCCAACGAAUUUGACUGCCGAAACUAAAAAACUUGUCGACGAUGGAUGGCUAAACAACGCGUUCAAUCAAUACGUUAGCGAUCUGAUUUCUGUUCAUAGAACACUGCCCGACCCUCGUGACCCAUGGUGUAAAGAGCCAGGAAGGUACCUGACAGAUCUUCCUCCAACAGCGGUGAUAAUUUGCUUCCAUAACGAAGCCUGGUCGGUAUUGCUGAGGACGGUCCAUUCCGUGCUGGACAGGUCACCGGACCAUCUUAUACAAGAGAUCAUCCUGGUCGAUGAUUUCUCCGACAUGCCGCAUCUCCAGCGCCAAUUGGAGGACUACAUGAUGAACUACCCGAAAGUGCAGAUCAUCAGGGCGCAAAAACGAGAAGGUCUUAUCAGAGCUCGUUUACUGGGCGCUGCAGCCGCGAAGGCCCCUGUCCUCACAUAUUUGGACAGCCAUUGCGAGUGCACCGAGGGCUGGCUCGAGCCCCUUCUCGAUCGGAUCGCUCGUAAUCCAACGACAGUCGUUUGCCCCGUGAUCGAUGUGAUCGACGAUACAACGCUGGAAUAUCAUUGGAGAGAUUCCGGCGGUGUGAACGUGGGUGGAUUCGAUUGGAAUCUGCAGUUCAAUUGGCACGCGGUUCCCGAGAGGGAGAAGAAGAGGCACAAGAAUCCAGCGGAGCCUGUGUGGUCACCCACGAUGGCUGGAGGCCUUUUCUCGAUAGAUCGAGCUUUCUUUGAACGUCUCGGCACGUACGACAGCGGGUUUGAUAUUUGGGGUGGCGAAAAUCUCGAGCUCUCCUUCAAAACGUGGAUGUGCGGAGGCACCCUGGAAAUCGUGCCCUGCUCGCACGUGGGACACAUCUUCCGGAAACGGUCGCCGUACAAGUGGCGCAGCGGCGUGAACGUGCUCAAGAGGAACAGCAUAAGGUUGAGCGAGGUGUGGCUGGACGAGUAUGCCAAGUACUACUACCAGAGGAUAGGUCACGACAAGGGCAAAUACGGGGACGUAUCGGAGAGGAAGGCGCUGAGGAAGAGGCUCGGCUGCAAGUCGUUCAAGUGGUACCUGGACAACGUCUAUCCGGAGCUGUUCAUACCAGGCGAGGCGGUGGCUUCCGGCGAGGUUCGUAAUCUUGGAGAAGGAGGUAACACCUGUCUGGAUUCACCGGCACGCAAGGCAGACUUGCACAAGCCUGCCGGCCUCUACCCCUGCCAUCGACAGGGUGGAAAUCAGUACUGGAUGUUGAGCAAGACCGGUGAGAUCCGUCGAGACGAGUCGUGCUUGGAUUACAGCGGCACCGAUGUCAUCCUCUAUCCUUGUCACGGUAGCAAGGGGAAUCAACAAUGGAUUUAUAAUCCUCAGUCGAAACAGAUCAGGCACGGAAGUAGCGACAAGUGUCUGGCAAUAACGGAGAGCAAGCAACGGUUGAUCAUGGAGGAGUGUUCACCCUCGGCAGCGAGACAAAGGUGGUCGUUCGAAAACUACGAUCCAUCGAAGCUGUGAUAUCGCGCUUUUUCGCGUCACCAGUCGAAAAACAUCGCACGAAGAUACGAUCGUACCGGUUCUUGGGUAUCCGUUCAACGUUACUCCAUCGCCAAGACGCGUUUCGGCAGAUAGAUGGCGUGGUAUCGAGGCAUGGAAGCCUCGAAACGCCAUCUGUCGGACGCUCAAGAUCGACUGGAAGACGAGAGAAAGAACACCGAACAAGGAAGAGAGAGACGUUCGAAUGGCCGAUAUUUGGCUGUAAUCUGGAACUGUUGGAUGGACGUAGUGCAAUAGAAACGUCGUUUCAAGGGUGAUCGAGAAGGGAUACCCUUUGAUAAGCUGUGACCAGUGUACAAUGACAUUUGAGAGAGUGAUCGAGGAAGACGCUUUCGCUGGCAUUGAAGAAUUGAGGGUUUUACGAGAAGCAAAGGACUUGUUUGGACUUUUUAAUCUUUAUUUUUGCUUUUGGGUAGUGUUUCAAUGGGAC